GGUGCUCAGGAGGUUUAGAAUGAAUUAAUCAGAAAGGGUGUGGCUUGUCCAGGUAGCUUGAACUUGUCACAUCACAGUUUUUCAAGAGUUCACUGUGAUUGAAAACUUUGCUUUCUCUUUUACCACCAAAUAUGAGCCUGUAGGAAAACAAAAUGUGUGAAGGAAAAUGAAGAGAAAGCUUUAAAAGGGAUUAAUAGUUGAGAAUAUGACAUGAACAUGGGGAAGAUGAGAAUUUCAGUGAAAAAUAACUCAGGCAAAAUAAUAAAGUGUUCAUUUUCAGUUGUCAUUGUAACAAGUGAUGGAAAGGAAGUUGCAGGCCUAAUUUCUUGGUUGCAUGAGGAAAUGCUAUUAUUAGAGCCUUGAUAAAUAGAGAAAUGGAAGUUUGGGGGAAGAGGUUAAAUAAAUAGGAAAGAGAAGCUGAAAGAAAAGGUACUGAAUCUUCCAAUGUCAGGGAAAUUGGGGGAUAGAAAAAAUGCCAUCUGUACAGAGAGUUAUAAUGAAGCUAUUGUGUUGAUUGGUAAGUCUUUGGAGGAUUGUCCUCUGGAUGAAGAUGAAGAUGCAUUUCAGGGCCUGGGAGAGGAGGACGAAGAGAUUGAUCAAUUCAAUGAUGAUACAUUUGGGUCAGGUGCAGUUGAUGAUGAUUGGCAGGAAGCUCAUGAGCGCCUGGCUGAACUGGAAGAGAAGCCGCCUGCAGCAGUUAAUGAACAAACCGGCAAUGGAGAAAGGGAUGAGAUGGACUUGUUGGGUGACCAUGAGGAGAAUCUAGCAGAGAGGCUCAGUAAGAUGGUGAUUGAAAAUGAACUUGAAGACCCAGCUAUCAUGAGGGCGGUACAGACCAGGCCAGUGUUGGAACCCCAACCAGGAAGUCUCAAUUCCAGCAUCUGGGAUGGAUCUGAAGUUCUGAGGCGAAUCCGAGGACCACUGCUUGCUCAGGAAAUGCCUACAGUGUCUGUGUUAGAAUAUGCCUUGCCUCAGAGGCCCCCCCAGGGCCCAGAAGACGAUCGGGACCUUUCCGAGCGCGCAUUACCAAGGCGGUCCACCUCGCCUGUCAUUGGGAGUCCUCCUGUUAGAGCUGUCCCCAUAGGCACCCCACCUAAGCAGAUGGCUGUGCCCAGCUUCAACCAGCAGAUCCUGUGUCCAAAGCCUGUCCAUGUUCGGCCCCCAAUGCCGCCGCGGUAUCCUGCUCCCUAUGGUGAGAGGAUGUCUCCAAACCAGCUCUGCAGUGUCCCGAACUCCUCCCUGCUGGGCCACCCUUUUCCCCCUAGCGUCCCUCCUGUCCUCAGCCCCCUCCAGAGAGCACAGCUUCUUGGAGGAGCACAGCUACAGCCUGGACGGAUGUCUCCCAGCCAGUUUGCACGGGUCCCUGGAUUCGUGGGCAGCCCACUUGCCGCCAUGAAUCCCAAGCUGUUGCAAGGGCGAGUUGGGCAGAUGCUCCCCCCUGCGCCAGGCUUCCGCGCCUUCUUCAGUGCCCCACCCCCUGCUACACCGCCACCUCCACAGCAGCACCCCCCUGGCCCAGGACCCCACCUGCAGCAUCUAAGAUCGCAGACCCCAGUGUUUAGACCAGAUACAACCCAUCUUCAUCCACAGCACCGUCGACUCUUGCAUCAGAGGCAGCAACAGAAUAGAAAUCAGCAUCGGACUCUCAACGGUGCAGGAGACAGAGGGAGUCACCGGAGCAGUCAUCAGGAUCAUAUCCGGAAGGACCCGUAUGCCAACCUCAUGCUGCAGCGAGAGAAAGACUGGGUCUCUAAGAUUCAGAUGAUGCAGCUGCAGAGCACUGACCCCUACCUGGACGACUUCUACUACCAGAAUUACUUUGAAAAACUGGAGAAGCUGUCAGCUGCUGAAGAAGUGCACGGUGACGGCCCAAGAAAGGAGCGCACCAAGCUCAUCACGCCCCAGGUGGCCAGGCUGGAGCACACCUACAAGCCAGUGCAGUUUGAGGGCUCUUUGGGAAAGCUCACUGUCUCUAGUGUGAAUAAUCCCCGAAAAAUGAUUGAUGCUGUUGUGACGUCUCGGAGUGAGGAUGAUGAGACAAAAGAAAAACAGGUUCGGGACAAAAGACGAAAAACCCUGUUCAUAAUUGAGAAAACCUACAGUUUACUGCUUGAUGUGGAGGAUUACGAAAGGCGUUACCUCCUAAGUCUGGAAGAAGAGCGACCUGCCCUGAUGGAUGAAAGAAAGCACAAAAUUUGUUGCAUGUAUGACAACUUAAGGGGGAAAUUGCCUGGACAGGAGAGCCCGAGUGACGACCACUUUGUGCAGAUCAUGUGCAUCCGAAAGGGGAAGAGGAUGGUGGCCCGGGUCCUGCCUUUCCUCUCCACAGAGCAAGCAGCUGACAUUCUCAUGACAACAGCCAGGAACCUGCCUUUCCUCAUCAAGAAGGAUGCGCAGGAUGAGGUGCUGCCGUGCCUAUUGAGUCCCUUCUCUCUCCUCCUCUACCAUCUUCCACCAGUGACCGUCACCAGCCUUCUGCAGCAGCUGAUGAACCUACCUCAGAGUGCAGCGGCCCCAGCUCUGUCCAACCCGCACCUCUCUGCCGUGCUCCAGAACAAGUUUGGCCUGUCCCUGCUCCUCCUCGUCCUGAGCCGCGGGGAAGACCUACAGAGCUCAGACACCGCUUCAGAGUCGACGCAAAGCAACCCGUGGACGGAGGUGAUGUUCGUGGCAACCCGAGAACUUUUGCGGAUUCCCCAGACGGGCCUGGCCAAGCCAAUCUCUAUACCCACAAACCUAGUAUCCCUCUUUUCUCGUUACGUUGACCGACAGAAACUGAACUUGCUGGAGACAAAACUGCAGCUAGUUCAGGGGAUACGGUAAAGGCCUCCACGCGCGUCCUGUGCCUCCUCUUGGCUGCCUCCCGCUCUGCUGCCAUCGCCAAUGGAGUGUUGUUUUAAAUGAGGGAGGGAAGGUAGCUCACUCCCCAGAGCGUCUGGUGGGACCGAGUCCAUUCACAGGGGCUGUCUCUGAAUGCCAGGUACUGCCCACUGCUCUGUGAAACGUGGCUGGGUUCACACUUCGGCUGGUUUCUUACCUUCUGUGUGACAGUCCUGCAUGUCCCACGUUACUCGAGUCUUCUCCAUCCUGCCUUUUCUUUGCCCUUGAGACACAAACAUAACCUCUCCCUUCAUCCCCCCACCACCGCUCCAACUCAGAGUAGGUUGUAGCCUGCCACAGAAUUCCUUCCCUCAUCGCCCCUUAUUUCUAUGACUGUAGGAGAGCUGAUGAAGUAGAGAUAUAAAUAUAUACGCGCACACACACACCCCGACACGUAUGUUUAUGUGGUCUCCAGAGGGCCCUUAAAGAACGAGUUUAGACUGAGAAAUUUAGUUGGCACACCAUCCCUUCUCUAACCACAACCCAGCUGGUGUGUUUUUCAUCUGUCCCUCGUCCGUCCUCUGCUGAUGUGAUGGUUCUACCUGUUCUAAUAAAAUGUAGGGUAUGCAGCGCGUAAUCAGCUCAGCGCGCUCAGUGGCCGGUACCCAGCCCUCAGCUGAGCCGUUCUUGUCUGCUCCCCGCUCGGGUUUCCUUCGGUCCUGUGCGCCGCAGUGGAAGCGGCACACGGUUAGGCUUGGUCCCGCUCCGGCCGCGGGUGCUUGAGCCCGCGCCUUCAGGUGCGCGGAGGCUUGCGGGAGCGCGGGCCUGGAGCCUGCUUCCACCGCGCAGCUUCAGCGCACUCGCUCUGUCUUCCUGAGACCACUGCAGUAAGCCAUGCUCUGACGUCCCCUUCCCUGUCUGUACUUGGUGUCCUGGGGGGGACCUCCGCACCUCCCCACGGGAGCGCAGGCCGCCGCUCCGCCCCUUGGUCCCUCGGCUCGGCAGGCGGAAGUGCUGCCCUAGCCCCUUGGUCUCGCCUGCAGCCAGGGCCUGGGUCUGUGUCCAUGUGGGGGGGUGGGGGGGUCCGCCUGUGGCCCCGUCACCACCCUCUACCGCUCCGCAGUCACCCAGAUGAGGGCCUGGGUCCCUGGUGAUGCCAGCCCUCAACAGACAGCAUCUGAUUGAUCUCACCCGCCUGUCCUGAGCACACCUCGCUGCUCUCACCUUUCUGAAUGUAGUGGGGAGGGGGGCAGGUUCCGGUAUUUAAUACCCAAAUGAACAUUUUGCACAUAAAUGUAUUGUACAGCAGUGAGGCCCUCCGCUCCAACCGGCUGUCUUAUUCUCCGCCUGUACUUCUCCCCACUGUGCCCCGUGCGCCCCCUCCUCCCCUCUGCCAUCACCCCCUGCCUUCCCUUCACAGCCGAUCAAGUGAAGGCUCAAUGAUUAUCUCUUCUCUUCUGUGCUUUUAUCUUUUUUGUUUGGUUUUAAUUAAUUAAAAAGUUUCUAAAUUUACAUUUUU